ACGAGGCAAUCUAGCCUCCGGUCACUUAGGAGUGUAGCGUGCAGACGCGGGUGCAUCGGGUGGUGCGCUUCCCUAACACCGGAAAUGCGGCCGCCCGCCCGCGGGAGUCAUUACCCAGGUUACCGGAGCUGGAAGGCCGUAGGCUUCUCUGGCAAGUCAGCCCGUGACGCUACUGUUAGAAAGUCGUGGAACUGUCAACAAGCAGAAGAGAUGUUGGCCUUUCUGUAAUUUACCGCCCUCGGCCCUGCGUCGUGCCUACCCCUGGUGGAUGAGAAGAGAUGCGCAAUGGUCACUAGGGUCCCUCAGGAGAUAUGGAGGGAGAGUGGUCUGCACUUGGUGCAUUUCUCGUUUAUUUUUGGUUUGCUAUGACAUGGUGCAUUAUGGUCACUCCAAUCAGCUGCGCCAGGCACGGGCCAUGGGGGACUACCUCAUCGUGGGUGUGCAUACGGAUGAGGAAAUUGCCAAGCAUAAGGGGCCCCCAGUGUUUACCCAGGAGGAGAGGUACAAGAUGGUACAGGCCAUCAAGUGGGUGGAUGAGGUGGUACCCGCUGCUCCCUACGUCACCACACUGGAGACACUGGACAAAUGACAUCACGUUGACAGUAGAUGGCCGAGAUACCUAUGAGGAAGUGAAGCAGGCUGGGAGGUACAGAGAGUGCAAACGCACCCAGGGUGUGUCCACCACAGACCUCGUGGGUCGCAUGCUGCUGGUGACCAAGGCCCACCAUAGCAGCCAGGAGAUGUCCUCCGAGUAUCGGGAAUAUGCUGACAGUUUUGGCAAGCCCCCUCACCCGACACCUGCCGGGGACACACUUUCCUCAGAAGUCUCCUCCCAGUGUCCUGGGGGGCAGAACCCCUGGACAGGGGUGUCCCAGUUUCUACAGACAUCCCAGAAGAUCAUCCAGUUUGCCUCUGGGAAGGAGCCCCAGCCUGGGGAGACAGUCAUCUACGUGGCCGGUGCCUUUGACCUGUUCCACAUCGGGCACGUGGACUUCCUAGAGAAGGUGCAUAAGCUAGCCAAGAGGCCCUACAUCAUCGCCGGCCUACACUUUGACCAGGAAGUAAACCGAUACAAGGGCAAGAACUACCCCAUCAUGAACCUGCACGAGCGGACUCUCAGUGUGCUGGCGUGCCGGUAUGUUUCAGAAGUGGUGAUUGGGGCACCGUACUCCGUCACAGCAGAGCUCCUGAGUCACUUCAAGGUGGACCUAGUAUGUCAUGGGAAGACAGAAAUUGUACCUGACAGGGAUGGCUCUGACCCCUACCAGGUGGGUUGCCCCAGCCUGGGCUGCCUCUGGGAAGCAGGAACAACCAUUCUCGCUGGCCUCCAGGAGCCCAAGAGAAGAGGAAUCUUCCGUCAGAUCGACAGUGGUAGCGACCUCACUACAGACCUGAUUGUGCAAAGGAUUAUCAAGAACAGGUUGGAGUACGAAGCCCGGAAUCAGAAGAAGGAAGCCAAGGAAUUGGCCUUCCUGGAGGCCAUGAGGCAGCAGGAGGCGCAGCCUGCAGGGGAGACUGACUAGCUUCUGACCUGGAGGAUGUCGCUCAUGCCCCCAUCUCUCCCUGCCCUGCUCUGCUCUGUGUCUUGGUGCCAGCUCACACAAUUCCAAAGGAAGCUGGCCUUGCUGGAGGGUGCUGUUCCGCCUGCCUGUGAGGGAGGCACCGCCUGUCUUGCAGUAGACUCGGUCCUUCCCACUGAGCUGCUCAGAGAGGGUGGCUAGCACAGGGAAGCAGCCCAGUGGACAGGAUAAGCAGAGGGCACCCGAGACAGGAGGAGUGUUGUGAUGGGUCCUUAGCAUCCACAGUUCCAACUGCCACUGACCCAGUCUUGCCUGGGGACACCCCUCUGCCUGACUGGAAGCUGCAUAUCUGCCCACCCAGCUUUGGUGAAAGGUACAGAGGGAUGACUUUGGGGACCUCUUGUUUUGUGUCACCCUACAAGUGGGUGCCCUCUACUUUGGGGCUCGUUCUAGCACCCCAUUCCUGAUUCCUAGAAGAUGCACUUGCCCUGACGGCUGGGCCUGCUUGACUGUUCUCGGCACAGACUUCGUGGUCCUCAUUUUGUACCUCGGUGGCUGAUGUAAAUCUCUUUGGCUCAACUGAAUAAAGCCUAGAGUGACGUGC